AUGGCUGAAACCGUUUUACAAGUUGGUGCUGGCGUUUUCGUCAUUGCUGUUAUUUGGAUCGCGACUCUUGUUUUCAUGACGAUGCUGCUGCGAGCAUCCGGAUCUGCAAAGCGGGGAGUCGUUCCUGUCUUCCUCCUGGCUCUCAGCAUCACCUUGGCUUUGGUGUUUUUCCCCCGCAGCCCGGAGAUCCCCCCCACUUUCAAAGAGAUUGAGGUGAUUUCACAAACACGCCGGAGCGAAUUCUCCAUUCCACAUAAU